CUGGGAGUACUACGUGAACGAUGCGCCUCGCGUGGUCCUCAACAAGCUGGAGAGCCGCGGCUACCGCGUGGUGAGCAUGACCGGCGUGGGGCAGACCCUCGUGUGGUGCCUCCACAAGGAAUAG